AUGACACUAGUGGGUCACAAAAGCAAAAUGGGUGACCACACCUUGGACCCAACUCACUACAUUUUGAAAUUUUUUCGUGCUGGUGGUGUCCACCCUGAUGUCAAGGUCACCCCAUUUCUGGUCUUUUUCUUCUGGAUGAACUGUACUAUUGUCUCAGUUGUGAUUAUUUUUGCGACAAUUGGGGCCAUUUUUGGGGCCCUUGACAACGAUAUCAACACAGUCGUGGAGUGCCUCCAAAGUACCUUCAUCUACAUCCAUAUUCUAGGCAAACACUUUGUCCUCUUCUACAGCAAACCCAUUCUGUCCCAUCUCCUCACCCAACGCACCCAUUUCCUCAAACUCGAGACGUUCGAUCCGACCAUCAGACAACAGUACCAACGACUCCUCAAAAAGACCUCAAAAUUCGUCAAUACCUUCAUGUUUUUGACAUGUUGUGUCGUGUUUAGUUUCUAUAUGCAACCAUAUCUCACCCAUGGCGAUUUACCAGUGAGUGUUUACGUCCCAGAUGGGUGGUACUACUAUUUCCAUUUUGGGUUCUGGCCUUUGGCACCAUGCAUUGUUGCCAGUAUUUACGGCACAGAUGCGCUUUUUUGCGCAAUUAGUGUGCCAAUUAUUGUCCAAUUUCGACUUUUGGCACGGAAAAUACAAAACUGGAAGAUUGAAAAUACCAAAAUUUCGGACCAAAAAAGUCGAAAAACAUUCAAAAAAAAUUUGAAAGAGUUGGUUGACCAUCAGAAUUUUUUAUUCGAAUAUUGCAACGAAAUGAAUCGGUUUAAUAAUGGCAUUUUUCUCAACCAAUUUCUGCUCUCUGUCGGGAUUAUUUGUGUGCAACUGUACGUAGUGUCGCAAAAAGGCUUCAAACUGCCAAAUAAGAUUAAAUGUUUUGGGUACUGUUUUAUGGAAAUUAUCGAAACUGCAAUCUAUUGUUUCAACGCUGAAUUAAUCUCUGAUGCGUCUGAAGACGUCGGUAACGCCGCUUACGACUCCUUGUGGUACGAAUCGGACGACCCUGAAGUCCGUCACGCCAUCACUCUUAUAAUUGCAAGAUGUCAAAAUCGUAUUGUUUUCAGUGGAUUUGGUUUCGUUUGGAUUAAUUUAAAAACUUUCACUCAGAUUUUUAAAACAGCCCUCUCUUUCUACAGCUAUUUACACAACGUCGUAUUGAAUUAA